AUGCAUAAGUCUCAAGAAGCAAAAAAUUCGACCACUGCUCAACAGAAAUCAAAGAAACCAACACAGUCAGACAGUAACUUGCACAAGUCGAAUAAACCAACCCCAUCGAUUCUUAAAGCACCUCGAGCCUUUAUUACUAAACAAAAAUCAAAGAAACCAAACCAAACAACCACUACUCGCCAGAACCUUCCACCUAUGCCGACAGCUGCAUAUGUCCGCCUGAACGAAAAAUAUCCGCGCAUUCUUCAUGUAAAGAUAGCAUCAGUAAUGAAGGGUACGGGACUAGUUGCUCGACUCCUAGAGGACUUACAUGCGUGUGCAUUCGCUACUGGAGACAUGUCAAAAGUGGUUGGGAAGAAUCACCGCGGCAAGCCUACACUGCUCUGGGACGAAGUAUUGAAAUAUUUCAGUGUGUCUGGGAACAUGGUGGAGAAGAUGGUAUCAUGGGAUGAGGACGACCGGUGGCCACCUAUGGUGAUGUUCAUUGAGAGAUGUCAGCUAGAUAUGGCUCUGUGA